AUGGGUAAACGUUCUCUUGAAGUACGUAUAAGCAAUGAUAUUUUAGAAACAAAACCUGAUAAUCAAGGUCCUAUCUUAGGUGAGGGGGUUCCUCCACCUCAAGAGGUAGGUUUUCAUGUCUACAAGAGUGAAAAUGGUAGGCAAGCUUUGGUCGUGGGGGAGAAUCCCAGAGUAAUAUACGAGUCGAACAACUUUACUACGGAUCAAUCUUCUGAGUAUAUAGUUGCCAUAUAUAAUAAGAAAACAAACGAGGUCACAUUUAGUUCUGUGCCUGUAAUUGAUUUGGCUCCUAUUCCAAAACGUAUUAAAAUGGAUGAACCUAAAGAUUCGAUUAGGCAUGACUAUAUUACGGCGAAAACGGAUCUUGAUAGAGAAUUUGGUUCAAAGAAAGCAAGAGCAAAGAUACUUGAACGUGAAAGAGGCAAUAUUGAUGCAUCACAAGUACAUAAUAUUGAAAAAAUCGUUUCAAAUAUUGAAGAAAAUGUAAAAAUUAUGAAAACUAAAGAAAAGAUAAAAGCUGAUAUGGAAUCAAGUCGUCCAAUACCACCACAUGAUAUCAGCGCAACAAGAGUUACUGAUGUAUAUAAUAUGGAUAAUAUCGUGACACCUGCUGAAUUUGAUGCUAUUCCUGUUUACUCUAUUUUGAACGCUAAACACGAAUCUCUCAGAUUGAGUUUGUUACCAUUCAGGUCCUCGAAAUAUGUCAAUUCCCGUCUUUUUAUAUCUUUAGACGCGAAAAAUGUCAAUUUAAAACGUAUACGCUUGCUAUUAUAUAUCAACUAUUUGAUGGCAUUUAAAUCCGUUUCUUAUGAUGUACUUAAUAAUAGACAAGAAAUGGUUAUCAAUAUGAAAGAAUUACCGGAUAUCAUUUUGACGAACCUUUACGAUCGAUUUACUGAGACAACCUAUUCCAAAUCAGGAGGACGAAAAAAGUAG